GUUGGCAAGUUUCUAUUACAUUAAUAUCACAGUACGCAGCGCAGACGCUCUUAUCCCGAAAGAUAUACAUAUAAUGCAUAGCCUACAGGUUUCGACAAUGAACUCAGCUGACGUUUAGUCAUCCGCUUAGUGUGAGGCAAUGAGGCCCAAGUUUUAACUUGUUCUUUCUAACCAUCGUAUUAGCCUCGUACAUUUUAUUUCUUGUAAAGAUACAGAAAAGAUGAUUUUUAGUUCUUAUGCGUGAAUUAAGGGGAUUUGUUAUCCUAUGUUGAAAACGAGUUCUGUAGAGUGUUUACAGUUUUGGGCGCAUCGCGAAUAGAUUUGAUGCCCCCAAAAACAUAUGACUUCCAAAGUCGUGUAGGUCUAUUGCCAUCCGGAAGCUGGUAUCACAUUUCUCGUCGUCAAAAGGCGGGCACAUGUGCGAGUCUCCUCCGCGGCUGGGACCAACACCCUUCAACACAACGAAUCUCACAUUUCCUGUCUAAUCUGCACUAUCUAGGGUUCUAUAGAAUUUAUACAUGUCAUUUCGCAUGGGUAUCUCUGUGUUUUACAGACUGGACUAAUUGGGAUUCAUAUUCAGAACCCUGCGUUCUUAUUCUGUGACCCCCCUUCCAAACAAACUAAUAAAAAGUGCAAAGCCAAGGAAGAAGAAGACGGGAAGAAAAAUGAGUGACGAUGAGAAUGAGUUUGAGAUGGAAGCGACUAAAGAUUUCGUCUACUCUGAGGAAUUACUGCCGACCUAUCGGGCCGUAGAGGAGGGGGCGGAGGCGGUCACCGCGCCGCAGGUGGAGUUCGACGGCCGGACGGACUCCCUGUUUUUCAACGACGGGAAGAGGAGGAUCGACUUCGUCCUGGUGUACGAAGACGAGGACAAGAAGGAGUACGAGAAACGGCACGUGUACCAGCGACGGAAAAGACGGAGGCAGUAUUUCGAAGACAGUCUGAUGAGGAUGGGCCUGGAGCUGGAAGCAGUACCGUCGGUUGUGGACAACAAGACUCUGUUUGUGAAGGUGCACAUGCCGUGGGACGUGUUGUGUACCUAUGCAGAGGUUCUGCACAUCAAGCUGCCCAUCCAGGCCAACGACCUGGCCUCCAAAUCCUCGACCUUCAACUGGUUCACCAAGUACUUCUACCCCAGCCAGGACCUGAUCAAGGACGAGACCGAGUACUUCACUGCCCCCUUCGCUAAGGACCGUAUGGAGCACUUCCACAUCAAGGACCAGGACCAGUUCUUCACUCCGGCCAUGAGAGGCAGGAUGGCUUAUUACAUUCUUAGCCGGGCCGCAUAUGAGGUGAGGGGACCAGUGAAGAAAUUUGGCAUCAGCAAGCUGCUGGAUGGAGGCGUAUACAAGGCGGCCUACCCUCUGCAUGAUUGCAGAUUCAACGUGAAGUCGGCAGAUGAAGACUGUCCCAACGAGAGAUAUCUCCUUUAUAAGGAGUGGGGUCACCCAAAGAGCUUCUAUAAAAUGCAGCCAUUGGACUUGAUAAGGAAGUACUACGGAGAGAAGGUCGGCAUCUACUUCGCCUGGUUGGGCUUCUACACAGCGAUGCUGGCCUUCGCGGCAGUGGUGGGCCUGGGCUGCUUCAUCUAUGGAUACAAGACACAGCACACCAGCACCUGGAGCAAGGAGGUGUGCGACGAUCAGAUCGGGGGGAGAAUCGUGAUGUGUCCGCAGUGCGACCAGGAGUGCACCUACUGGCGGCUGAACAGCACCUGUGAAACCUCCAAAAAACUCUGUAUAUUUGACAAUUAUGGAACCUUGGUGUUUGCAGUAUUUAUGUCAAUCUGGGUCACGUUGUUCCUGGAGUUCUGGAAGCGGUACCAGGCAGAGCUGGAGUACGAAUGGGACACGGUGGAGUUCCUGGAACAGGAAGAGCAGCCCCGCCCCGAGUACGAAGCGAAGUGCGUUCACCCACGCAUCAACCCCAUCACCCAGACAGAAGAGAAGGUUCCCUACACCGCCUGUGGGAAGUGCAUCAGAGUGUCUUUGGGGAUUGGAACAGUCUUAUUCUGGAUCUUGCUGAUCGUGGCGUCGGUGGUGGGCGUGAUCGUGUACCGCCUGGCGGUGUUCUUCACCUUCUCGGCGAAGCUGCGGCAGGACCUGAAGGAGCUGGAGCCGUUCCGGGAGUACGUCACCCCGCAGAUGGCCACCUCCGUCACCGCCUCCCUCAUCAGCUUCGUCGUCAUCAUGAUCCUCAACUACGUGUACGAGAGGGUCGCCAUUUGGAUCACCGACUUCGAAUUGCCAAGGACAAAGACGGAGUAUGAGAACAGCCUGACACUGAAGAUGUUCCUCUUCCAGUUUGUGAACUACUACUCCUCUUGCUUCUACAUCGCGUUCUUCAAGGGCAAAGUGGUGGGUUACCCUGGACAACCAGUGUACUGGCUGGGGAUGUACAGGAACGAGGAGUGUGACCCGGGUGGCUGCCUGAUCGAGCUCACCACUCAGCUGACCAUCAUCAUGGGAGGCAAGGCCAUCUGGAACAACAUCCAGGAGGUGCUGAUGCCGUGGGUGAUGAACCUGAUCUCCCGCCACUGCUCGAGCAGCAGGUCUGAGAAGUCCGUUCCUCGAUGGGAGCAGGACUACCAGCUGCAGCCCAUGGGGAAGCUGGGCCUGUUCUACGAAUACCUGGAGAUGGUGAUCCAGUUUGGGUUUGUCACCCUCUUUGUGGCGUCGUUCCCUUUGGCCCCCCUCCUGGCCCUACUCAAUAACCUCUUUGAGAUCCGCGUCGAUGCCUGGAAGAUCACCACGCAGUUCCGCCGGGUGGUUCCGGAAAAGGCCCAGGACAUCGGCGCCUGGCAGCCCAUCUUAGGGGGGGUCGCCAUUUUCGCCGUGGUAACGAAUGCCAUGAUUAUAGCCUUCACGUCGGACAUGAUCCCGCGCCUGGUGUACUACUGGUCGUUCUCCGUGAGUGACGGAGGCCCCGAUGCGAUGCACACCAUGGAGGGCUACAUCAACAAAACCCUCUCCAUCUUCGACGUCAAGGACUUUUCGAAUGAUAGCAGGCCUCUUAACGCACCCUACUGGUUCCAGAACGGCACCACCUGCAGGUACAGAGAUUUCAGGCACCCUCCAGGGCAUCCGAGGCAGUACGAGCACAGCGUGUACUACUGGCACGUGAUCGCAGCUAAACUGGCCUUCAUUAUCGUCGUGGAGCACAUCGUGUACUUGACCAAGUUCAUCCUGGCCUACGCCAUCCCCGACGUGCCCGUGGCCGUGCGGGAGCAGAUCAAGCGGGAGAAGUUCCUGACGCAGCAGAUCCUGCACCUCAAGCUGGUGAAGCCCGUGGCGGACAUGAUCCGCCAGCGCGUGGACGUGACGGACGAGGUGGACGUGGCGAGCAUGGCGAACGACAUGAACAAGGCGGACGAAGCGGACGAGGCGGACACGGGCAUGGACCUAGACUUCCUGUAACCCGGGGGGUGGGGGCGUC